UCCCUUUCCCCCCCUCCGAUGUGAUCAAAAUGAGGAGGCAGCUAUAUUCACAACGAUCCCCAAUUUUGAUCUCACACAUCCUCCUCAUCUCUGGCCUCAUCUUCUCCUUCUCGAUUCCUGGAAUUCUCUCAUCUGGGGAUGUAAUGCUUGGUUCGAUCGAAAUUUUCAACGGUCAUGAGUGGGUAGCCCCCAAACCAACUGUAUAUUUUUACUGUCAAGGGGAGAACCAGACGAUCUUGCCAGACGUUAAGCAGAAAACUAUAUUGUACACUUUCAAGGGUGAAGAGUCUUGGCAGCCUCUCACCGAGCUGCCAGAUAAGAAAUGCAAGCGCUGCGGUCUGUAUGAGCUGUACAAGAUUAAAACUGACGAGAUAUUUGACGAAUGGGAGCUUUGUCGCGAUGAUUUCAUCGAUGGAAAAUAUGUGCACCUCAAGGAGAAUGAGUUCAAUGCCACAUUCUUAUGCCCUGCGUGCGACCCGCCUACUUUCGGAUCCAAUAUCUUCGGGAGUGGAGAGAAGAAACUGGACGUUUUUCUUGCUGUAAUCAUCGGUACGUUGGUUUUAGCUGCGGUUGCUGCUGGAGCUGUGGCCUUGUGUAGAUACUGGAAGAGGAGGAAGAGGCAACAGGAUCAGGCGCGGUUUUUAAGGCUCUUCGAUGAUUCUGAUGACAUUGAUGAGCUUGAUGCGUUUUGAUCCAACGAUUGGUCAAAAACUUCAAUAGCUUGAUUUCCUCUUUUUAUAAUUGUACUUGUAUAAAUAGACCAAAUGCGACUAAAAGUAUCAAAAGCUUCUCCUUAAUGCAAAUCAAAAUCAGUGUGAUUAGAUUC